UAUCGGGGCUGUUAGAGAUGCUUGCUAAUUAACGCUUAAUGUUGUACAAAGACACCUUGCCGUUCAGGCAGGGAGCGUAGACUGAAGACCAAUUCGCUGAUGAGUCCGUGCAGACUGAAGAGGGUGUAUUUACAACUCCUGCCUUAACUGUAAUCACCACGAUCAAUAGAAAUUAAGUAUCUGAAAUACUUUGCCGGACCACUGACAGAGACGGAGGCAAACUAUAUAAAUAAAGCAAUAAGCACGGAAUAGUUUAGAGUUACAGUUCUCAUUGCACUCUGCAAGGAUGACGCGUUGUAACCGGGGACAUCUCCUUUCGCUGCUUUGUGCCCUACACGCAGUGCUCAUCAAUAGCUUUGAUAUAGGAAUAUCGACCAAGUGCGUGGCCGUGCCGAAGGAGAUGGGACUAUGCCAGGAUGUCGGCUACUCAGAAAUGAGGCUUCCCAAUUUAUUGGGCCACACCACCCUCGGAGAAGUAAUUCCCAAAUCGGCCAAGUGGGAGUCGCUGGUUCGGACCGGCUGCCACUCGCAGGUGGGAACUUUCCUCUGUUCCCUCUUCGCUCCAGUUUGCUUGGAUACUUUCAUCCAGCCGUGCCGGAGUUUGUGUGUAACUGUUUGGGACAGUUGCAAUCAGGUGCUGACUUGCCUCGGUCUGUCUUGGCCAGAUGCCCUUUCCUGCGACCGAUUCCCAGCGGAUGAAGACACUUGCCUGACAUCGACCAGCUUGGAGUCCACACACUACCGAAAGCUUUUUCCAAAGCCGACCUGCCAGGGCUGCCCAAGUACAGAGGAACCCGGUGCUCUCAGGAGAGUUUUGCAGACAUUUUGUCAAAACAAUUUUGCUGUGAAAGUUACCCUGGCCAAAAGGAGGAAUGGUUCGGAAAAUGCCGAGUAUAACGUGGCAGGGCGGGUGGAGAUGAUCAGCCCCGGCUCGUUGUUUCCCUUUGGUACCCGGACUGUUAUUCAGCGGUGGCUUCUCGUCAACGCAAACUGUGUGCAGAAGAUGAUGACCCGCAACAACCGAGCUGGCCAGUACGUUCUCAUUGGCGACGUUCAGGACUCGUAUAUAAUAGUAAAUAAAAUCUACUUGUGGCACAGAAAAGACACUCAACUGACGCUUGCCGCUCGGAAAUGGAAACAUCAUAAAUGCUAACUUGAUGCCAUUGUAACAUAGUACUUGCGAAUACACUAGCUAUUGUAAAUAUAAAGUCGUAUACAAUAAUGUGCACAUUGUGAACGUGUGGAUUAACAGUAGACCCCAGUAGCUGGAAAGUAUGCCAUGAUUAUAAGUGUAGAUGUAUACUGUUGUACAUAAAUAUCAA